AUGGAUGGCUUUCGGCGAAGAAAGAUGGAAGAAAGGGAGGAUUGGAUCAAGAGUGUGGACUACAACCUCUUCAAGCUCGAAGGCAACCAGAUCUCGAUAGAUCUCCUAACGGACAACGGUACAGGAUCCAUGAGCUGUCGUCAGUGGGCCGCCUGGGCAAAAGAAACCGGGACCGGUGCAGGGCCAUCUUCGUUUGCAAAAGCCGAAGAGAAGGUGAGGCAGAUGUUCGGGUUGGAACACGUCCUUUUCGUACAUCAAGGGAGAACAGGGGGAAAUAUCCUGCUCUCAGAAUUUGUUAAAGAGAACAAUACGAUCCCCGCAAACUCUCAUACCGAUAAUAACCGGGCCUAUAUCGAAUUCCAGCAGGCGACAGCAGAAGACUGCCCUCUUGGCGAUGCCUUUUGUAUCACAAAUCACCAUCCCUUCAAGGGUAACAUCGACAUUCAGAAACUGGAAUUCGUUCUGCGUGUUCAAUACGACAAUGUCCCAUUCAUCCUGGUCUCUAUCACCUGCGAAAAAACCGGUGGCCAACCGAUUUCGAUACAGAAUCUGCGUGAGGUCAAAGAUCUGGCGCGUCAGUACGGGGUUCCCGUGGUGUUUGACUCUGCACGCUUUGCCGAGAAUGCUUGGUUUAUCCAACAACGGGAACCCACCUAUGCCAGCAGUACCAUCAGGGAUAUUGUCAGGGAGAUGCACCAGUAUGCGGACGCCGUGAUUUUGAACAGGCAGAGCAACGGUCUGGUUGGUGCUGGGUGCAUUGUGGCGACAAGAGACCGUGACUGGUUCGAGGCGGCCUCUCGGAAGGUCAUUCUGUUCGAAGGGCACACGAGCUAUGGUGAGAUGCCUCGUAGAUACAUGGAAGCCUUGAUUGUCGGUCUCGACGAAAUGACCUGCGAUGACUAUCUAAGAUCUCGAGUAUGCCAGGUCGAGAGAUUUGGCGAGAAGCUCGCAACCGCUGGUGUCCCGAUACAGCAGCCCAUAGGUGGCCACGCAGUCGCGAUCGACGCCGCCAAUUUCUUACCCAACGUCCCCCGGGACCAGUUCGUGGCACAUACGUUGGCAGUGCAGUUAUACGUUGACGCUGGAAUACGAGGAACAGAUAUUGGCACAUUGAUGAAUGAUAGAGAUCCAAACACUGGCCACAACCGGUAUGCACAAGCAGAGUUCAUGUGUCUUGCCAUCCCCAGACGAAUCUACUCGGAUGAACAACUAAAUGCCGUUUUCGAGGCUCUCAUCCACAUUCACGGUCGCCAGUCUUCGUAUACGCAUGGUUUCCAGAUCAUGAAAGAAUCGGGUCCUAGAAGGUACAUCACAGUAAGCUUGGCAAGAGUUUCGGAAGGUGAACAGGAUCUUGUCAAGGUAACAUAG